ACUGCCUGGCCCUUGCUGCUCACACUCACAAACCUCCCCUCCCCAGGCCGAGGCCCAGCUGACCCCCUGGGUCCCCCGGCAGCGGACAGGGAAGGGUUAAAGCCCCCCCCCCCGGCUCCCUGCCCCCUGCCCUGGGGAACCCCUGGCCUGUGGGGACAUGAACUGUGUUUGUCGCCUGGUCCUGGUGGUGCUGAGCCUCUGGCCAGAUAGAGUCGUUGCCCCUGGGCCACCAGCUGGCUCCCCUCGAGUCUCUUCAGACCCUCGAGCAGAUCUGGACAGCGCUGUUCUCCUAACCCGAUCCCUCCUGGCAGACACACGGCAACUAGCUGCACAGAUGAGAGACAAAUUCCCAGCUGACGGAGAUCACAGUCUGGACUCCCUGCCCACCUUGGCCAUGAGCGCUGGGACAUUGGGAUCUUUGCAGCUUCCUGGUGUGCUGACAAGGCUUCGAGUAGACUUGAUGUCCUACCUCCGGCAUGUACAAUGGCUGCGCCGUGCAGGUGGUCCUUCCCUAAAGACUCUGGAGCCAGAGCUGGGUGCCCUGCAAGCCCGACUGGAACGGCUACUCCGCCGUUUACAGCUCUUGAUGUCUCGCCUGGCCUUGCCCCAGGCAGCCCCAGACCAACCUGUGAUCCCCCUGGGCCCUCCUGCCUCAGCCUGGGGAAGCAUCCGGGCAGCUCAUGCCAUCCUAGGAGGGCUGCACCUGACCUUGGACUGGGCCGUGCGGGGCCUGCUGUUGUUAAAGACUCGACUGUGACUCGGGACUGAAAACCACCAUCGAUACCGCCCUUUAAAACCAGAUCUUAUUUAUUUAUUUAUUUUGGUACUUGGAGGGGGGCAUGAUGAUCAGGGGCAUGCCACACCCCAAACAACCGCCCCACACCCAGCUAGACAGUCUUUCCAGUAGACCUGGGUGAGGGGGAUCACCUGUGGCUUAUUUAUACUUAUUUAUUUAAACAAUUGGGGGGUGGGUGGGUGCAUCUGAGACCCUGAAGAGCAGGGAACUGAGAUCCUGGGUUCUGGGGUCUCUAUGAAAUCUGUUCACAGUGUCUUCCUCACUUCCUACAUUAUUUAUUAAACGAUUACUUUUUAUAUUAAGAGGAGGAAGGAGGGAAGCCGGGCGUGGUGGCGCAUGCCUUUAAUCCCAGCACUCGGGAGGCAGAGGCAGGCAGAUUUCUGAGUUCGAGGCCAGCCUGGUCUAAGAGUGAGUUCGUGAGUUCCAGGACAGCCAGGGCUACACAGAGAAACCCUGUCUCGAAAAACCAAAAAAAAAAAAAAAAAAAAAGAGGAGGAAGGAGGGGGAAAAAGGAAGCCUGGGGUUUUAUACCAAAAUGUGAGUUUUUUUUUGUGAGUCAGAGAAGUGAGAGGAUUUAAAUACAUAUCUAUUUAGAGGUUAUUAGCAGGAGUAUGCCGAAAGGAUCGGAGUCUAAACUGGUACCCUAGCAUUUCAAAGGUCCUCAACAGAUACUUAACAAAAAGUUCCAGAGCAUCACCUUAUAACUAAUAGCACCUGUAUGGUACAGAGCUGUAAGGUACAAGGUUUUUUGUUUCAGCAAAAUUCACGAUGACCAAUGGGAAACAAUCUAGGCUUUCUGGGGGGCGGGCAGGGGAUGGAUGAAUAAAGCUAGGGAUACAUCCGCAUGAUGAAGUUCUAGCUCGCCAACCAUAAAAAGGCAAGUUCCAGGCGAAGACUGCUUUAGAUAUUGAACGUCUCUGCGACCCAGGAGCAGCAGAUGGUAGAACUACUCUCCCUAUACAUGAGUAUGGACUGUUUGGUUUUUCAAAAUGGAAACACCAUGAUGUUGACGAUAGCUGCCUCAGGGCUGAAAACAAGCAAUGGCACAGUGGGUGACUGUUACUGUUUGUGUUUGCAUUUUCCAGAGUUUUCACCAUGACUGUAUUUUGCAGGACACAUUUAUAAACAUUAAUAAACACUAUUUUUAGAAUGGCA